UUCUGGUAACAGGAGUUCAGGAAACCAGGUUAAUGGUGAUAUGGAUUACUACUUCCAAGAUGGAACCACCAAAACACCAGCAGCCUUCCAGAAUGAGCUAACACCUGUGUCUGGUUCAGCUGUGGUUCAGACCAGGAUGGUCUUCAAUACCUCCUUUCCUGUUCCCAGUGAGAGAUUGGUCCUCAGUGCGAUCCAGACUCUUCUCAGUGCUCGACUCACAAACCUCUCUGACUUUGUAAAAGUGCUGAACUUCACCUCUGAGAAAAUUUCAGACACCUCCUAUGCAGUCAACUUCACAUUGAGCAUCAGUAACAUCAGCAUGUCUAAGAACCCUGACUUCAGGAACGACACCUACACCCAAGUGGAGAACAUCAACAAUAACGUUCUAAACACACUUCUAAAUGAACCUGGUGCAGAACCAUUUGAAUCCCAGAGCUCUUUCUUCACGAGUUCAGGAAACCAGCUUAAUGGUGGUAUGGAUUACUACUUCCAAGAUGGAACCACCAAAACACCAGCAGCCUUCCAGAAUGAGCUAACACCUGUAUCUGGUUCAGCUGUGGUUCAGACCAGGAUGAUCUUCAAUUCCUCCUCUCCUGUUCCCAGUGAGAGUUUGGUCCUCAGUGCGAUCCAGACUCUUCUCAGUGCUCGACUGACAAACCUCUCUGACUCUGUAAAAGUGCUGAACUUCACCUCUGAGAAAAUUUCAGACACCUCCUAUGCAGUCAACUUCACAUUGAGCAUCAGUAACAUCAGCAUGUCUAAGAACCCUGACUUCAGGAACGACACCUACACCCAAGUGGAGAACAUCAACAAUAACGUUCUAAACACACUUCUAAAUGAACCUGGUGCAGAACCAUUUGAAUCCCAGAGCUCUUUCUUCACGUAA